AUGGCUGAGCAACCAAUAGACAGAUCUCUUCGAAAGAUCAGGUUCAUAUUCCGAUACUCUGGUAUGAAUCUCGAAGAACGGUCAAGAACUUGGCUGCAGAACUUCAUUUACAUGUUCAACUUCCUCUGGAUUUUAACCGACAUAGUCGGGGCAUUUAACUGGAUAUUUGAAGGAGUGAAUAAAGGCAGAAACUUCAUCGAGCUGACCAUUGUAACCCCUUGUCUUAGCUUGGGAAUGAUGGCGGAGUUUAAAACUGGCUUUGUGGUUGCUCACGAAGAGAGACUCUUUCGUCUCAUCAACAAUCUGAGAGAGAUGGAAACAAAACGGCUGGUUGGACCCUCCGCGAAUAAAAUCGUAAAGGAAGAGUCCAAGUUCUUGUACGCUCUGAUAUUUGCGUUGAUAGUAAUCAAUGUGGUCUUAAUAAUCCUGUUUGGGUUCGGCCCUUUGGUCGUGAUCGUAGUGAAGUAUUUCGUUUCGGGCAAACUGGAGCUCACUCUGCCUUUUCUUGACGUGUAUCCCGUUGACUGCUACGAUUUGAGGAUCUGGCCGUUUGCCUACAUUCAUCAGAUCUGGACAACGGUGAUAGUGCUAUCCGAGAUCUUUGCGGUGGACUUCCUAUUCUACAUCUGCUGUACGCACAUCAAGAUGCAGUUUAAGGUCUUGAAUCUUGAAGUCACGAAGGUAAUAGCAGAGGAACGAAGUGCUAGGAUUAUAGAAGAUGAAACUUCUAGAAACAAGUUUAACGAGCUUGUUAAAUGGCAUCAGGAUAUUAUUGGCUCUGCUAGUAUGCUAGAAGAGAUUUAUUCCAAGUCAAACCUGGUCAACUACCUCUCCAGCUCCCUUAUCAUUUGCUUAACUGGCUUCAACGUUACGGCAAUAAACAACAUGACCAUCGUAGUCACGUUUGCGAUACUCUGUGUUGCUGGCAUGCUGCAGAUCUUCUUCGUCUGUUUCUUUGGAGAUAUGCUUAAGGAUUCCAGUACGGCCGUGAGCACGGCAGUGUACAACAGUAGAUGGUAUCUCGCGGAUGCUGCUUUCGGAAAGUCUGCUCUCAUCAUGCAGACCAGAGCGCAGAAGCCAUGCACAGUGACCGCCGCUGGGUUUGCCGACGUCAAUUUGAAAGCUUUUAUGAAGAUUCUUAGCUCGUCGUGGUCAUACUUUGCGCUCUUGCAAACAGUUUACAGGACAUCUGAGAAUUAAAUCAUC